AUGAUGGUGGAAGCUGAAAGAGCCAAUGUUUCACACACGGUGUUCGUUUUUGUUGGCUUCCCAGAGACCUACAAACAUAGGCAGUGGUACACAGCACCCUUCCUUUUGAGUUACCUGCUCAUCUUAGUAGCUAACUCCCUCUUGCUCUACGUCAUCCGCACCACCGAGAGCCUCCACAGCCCCAUGUACAUCCUGGUCUCAGCACUGGCCGUUGUCGACAUCGUGGUCCCAACAGCAAUCAUUCCCAAGAUGCUGCUGGGCUUUUUGUUUGACCUGAGUGAGAUCACGCUGGCUGGGUGUUUGACGCAGAUGUUCAUCACGCACUUCUUCUCGUCCGUAGAGUCCACCAUUCUGCUGGCCAUGGCGCUGGACCGCUACGUGGCCAUUUGUCUCCCGCUGCGCUACGUGGAGAUCGUCAACGGCACGCUGUUUGCCAAGCUGCUCGUCUUCACGCUCGUCCGCAGUGGGGCCAUCAUGCUAACGCUGAUCGGCCUGGUGCUGCCCUUGUCGUUUUGCGACUCGAACGUCAUCAACCACUGUUACUGCGACCACAUGGCCCUCGUUAGCCUAGCGUGUAGCAACACUGACAAGAACAAAGCCAUGGGGCUGGCCGUCAUCGUGUGUUUUGUCGGCGUCGACACAUCACUCAUCUUCUUCUCUUACGUCAACAUCCUGUACGUUGUUCUGAGGGCAGCAGCAGGGGAGGACAGGUGGAAAGCUUUUCACACCUGCGGUACUCACCUGAUGGUGAUGAUGAGCUUUUACCUGGUGGGCAGCGUGACAUUCCUGUCACACAACCUGCCCAUCCCCAUACCUGUGGACGUUAACACCUUUCUGGGGUUGCUCUAUAUCAUCUUCCCUGCCAGUGUUAACCCUGUUAUCUACGGGGUGAGGACUAAAGAAAUUAGGCACGCGAUAUUGAGAAUGUUCAAGGUCCAGCAGCUCAACAAAGUGUUUGUGUUACAAGUGUCAUCUGUGAAAAAGUGA